UUCAUCUACACUUUAAGAAAUCAUGGAGGUUUCAAAGUUAAAGAAAAUGAUAGAUGAUUUGUGUCUCUAUGAAGAGGUUAACAUAGAAAAAACAGGUCUCAUCAUUGAUGGUGCAGCUCUGUACUACUCUUUGUAUUAUACGUCUGAUCCAAAGCUGGACCGGCGCUGUGGAGGAGAUUAUCCUGGAUUCAAAGAUGAGGUCUGUAACUUCUUUAAGACUCUGCAGGUCUGUGAAGUCACUCCGUACGUCUUCCUGGAUGGAGGCUCAGAUCCUGACAAGCACAAAACACUUGUGUAUCGUCGAAAAGACACAGAGGAAAAAGCAAAGACAAUAGCGACGACAAAGCCUGAGAAUGCUGUACCAAAAGGAUGUAAUGUCUUACCACCCCUGGUAAAAGAUGUCUUCAUAGAAAUCUUGAAGGAGAAAGGCAUAGAGUUUAAACAGUGUUUAGGAGAGGCAGACCCUGAAGUUGUUUCUGAUGCAAAUCAGAAACAAUGUCCUGUUCUGUCCAUUGAUAAGGAUUUUUGCAUCUUUGAUUUGUGCAAAGGUUUCCUUCAUCUUGACAACUUUGAGUGGAAAAGCAAAAAGGAUGAAAAAAUUCCUGCUAAGCUCUACACACGUUCAAAGUUUUGUGAGCAUUUUAAAUUGGACCCUGCUCUCAUGCCAGUCUUUGCUUCAAUAGCAGGAAAUGAUUAUUCAAGAUUAGAAGAUAGAGGUAGGUUUGCAAGACAAUCAUCUUCAUCUGGUGAGUACAGCAUUAAAAGACUGGAUGGUAUGCUCAGGUUUUUAACUAAAGCGAACCUGGAUGGUUUGAACGACUCACAGAAGAGAGAACGUGCUCUGAGUCAAGCUUUAAGUCAUGUUGGUAAAAAAGAGAACAAAACAUUCAAACUUGCCAUUCAAAAAUAUGUUCAACCAGAAAAACCAAGUUCUAAGUUGCCGACAUGGGUGCGUAAAAAAGUUGAGCGUGGAGAACUCACCACUUCCGUCAUAAGUGUCGUGGAUCAGAAGUCAAUGAUGCCUCCUGUUCUUGUGGAGGAUUUUUCACAGCGCAGUAGUUACACCGCUGCUUACCCCAUCAGACAGUACUUCUACAAACUGUUAACUAAAGAUGUACAAGCUCUCCUGCCAGAUUUGAGCAGUGAUGAACAGAAGAAUCUGCAACUACAGCGUCUGCUUGAGGCUCCUGAGGGUUUGCGUCGCAGAGUGUUUGAAGAAGCUCUGCAGGUUCAGACUUCAGCCUUAGAAAACAUCCCCGACCAGCUGAAGCUGCCAGUCUGUGUGACUGUUUUCUGGUUUAACAACUUAAAGCUUGGCCAAAAAGCUGAAACUGUCCACUGCCUCCACGCCCUCCUGCUGUGGUUUGUGUGUGACCCCAAUAGCCCAGAGGACGAGUUUGAGAGGAAGAUGAAAACUUUAAAGGAUGAAGGUGUGAAUAACUGGCAGCCCCAGCACCAUGUUGCUAAAGCUUUCAUCCAAUGGCAGUGCUGCAUGAGGCAGAGCCUCCACCUGAACCAGCUGCUGUGUUCCCCUCUACCAGAACCUCAGUGUGCCCGGUAAACACCAGACCAAUGAUGCGCU